GUCUACGGGAGAAAAUAAAGCUCCCCUAUUUAAUUAUUUGGUUUGUCCGUUUUAUUUUAGUUAUGAAAAUUGUCGUUUUAUAUACGUUUAUUUAUUAACAAUCGGGUGUAAUGCAAUGUGGACAUUUCGACAAAAUUAGAGAGAGAGAGAGAUACAGUAUGGCAGGACUGUUUGAUAAGCAGGCGGAGAUAUAUUUGGAAGCUCGGCCAUCGUAUCCGACGGAGUGGUACAAGAUGCUGGCGGAGCUGACCCCCCACCACCGUCUCGCUUGGGAUGUCGCCACCGGCAACGGCCAGGCCGCUUUUGGUGUUGCCGAGCAUUAUGAGCAAGUGAUCGCAACAGACAUAAGCUCAGCUCAGCUGAAAUUCGCAAAGCAGCGUGCUAAUGUACGCUACUUGCACACACCCUUAUCCCUUUCCGAUGAUGAACUAGUGAGCUUAAUCGGAGGCGAGGGCUCGGUUGAUCUCAUCACCGUCGCUCAAGCCAUCCACUGGUUCGAUCUCCCACGAUUCUACUCCGUCGCAACGCGCCUCCUUAGGCAGCCAGGCGGCGUCAUCGCAAUUUGGGGCUACAACGGGAUCGAAGUUAGCCCAGCAUUUGAUGCCGCAGCAAGCUGUUGGUACGAGACCACCCUUCCCUAUUGGGACUCCAAGAUCAAGCCGCUGUUUGGAGGCUACGGCUCCCUUCCCUUCCCUUUUGAGGGCGUCGGGCUGGGCUGCGAGGGGAGCCCUCUGCAUCUUGAUAUUCCCAAGGAGUUGGCGUUUGAGGGGUACGUGAGAAUGGUGCGGUCGUGGUCGGCCGUCGUGACCGCCGAGGAACAAGGCGUGGAUUUGCUACCGGAAGGCGUUGUGAAGGAGUUGGAGGCUGCUUGGGGUGGUGCCCAUCUUGUGAGGUCUAUUGUGUAUAAGGGCUUCAUGUUGGUUGGAAGAGUGAAGCUUUCUGAGUUAGGACUGUAAAUUUCAGAGCCUUAUUUACUUGUUAUUCUAGCCUUGUGAUUGCCACUGCAUGAAUGUUUAUUUUGUUACUAAGUAUGUUGGGAAAUUAUCAAUAAAUUGAUUUCUCUACCUCA